CCACCCCAGCGGGGACCCGAGUGGAGGCGCGGCGGCUCCUUAGACUCCCGGGUUCCCGCAUCGUGCACGUGUGAAGAGUGGACCCUGACUGGAUUCGUGUCUCCUCUCCAGCAUCAGAAGGAAAGUGUCCCUGCGGUUCAGAUGCCACGACGUAGCAGGCUACCGUGAUGAGUUCCCACAAACUGUGGCUUCUCCAGUUGGUCCUUCCUUGAUCACAUUUCCACCAGAAGGUUUCCGGGGGCUACCAUGACGGUCACUGUGGUGUACGAUAACUCCGAGGCCACAGAGCUGUGUGCCGCUCAGCACCUCUACCUCAAGCCCAUCGCAAAACUGAUGAUCAAUGUCUUGCUCCCAGAAAGCUCAGAGCCGACAAGGCCCUUCUCCAACUGGGAAGUUCUGGACCAGCUGAAGAGCCUGAUUUGCCCUGACCAGUUUACCACCGUUCGGCUCUCCAAGAGCACAAAGGAUUUCAUCCGAUUCGAGGGCGAAGCCGAGACGCGUAGUCUGGUUCAGAUCUUGAAGGCCAAGUUACACGGGAAGAUCAUCAAGCUGAAUGGCUUGAAAACGGACUUAAAAGUCGUGGCUACAGAUGCCCAGGGAGAGUGGGAACGCUUCCCCAGGGAAAAGGAGGCCUCGGUGAGCGAUGGGGCCGAAGAUCAGGACCAGGAUAAGAGCCCAGAUUCUAUCUAUUUCGCUGGCUUGCCCUGCAAAUGGUUUGCGCCCAAAGGUUCCAGUGGGGAGAAGCCCUGUGAAGAGAUCCUUCGGGUGGUUUUUGAGAGCUUUGGAAAGAUCAAGAACGUGGACAUCCCUAUGCUGGACCCCUACAGGGAAGUGAUGACCAGUGGAAGCUUCGGGGGUUUCAGCUUCGGCUUGCAGACAUUUGAGGCCUUCGUACAGUACCAGGAGUCAACGGACUUCGCAAAAGCCAUGGAGUCCCUUCGAGGGAUGAAGCUGAUGCUGAAAGGAGAUGAUGGGAAAGCUCUGGCCUGUAACAUCAAGGUUAUGUUUGACACGACCAAACAUUUCAGCGAAGGGGCUAUCAGGAGGAGAAAUCAAGAAAGGCUGAAGUUACAAGAGCUGGAGGAAGAAAGGAAAAAAGUAAAGCGAGAUGAGGAGGAGGCUGCAAGAAAAAGAAAAAAGGAGGAGAGGAGAGCCCAGGAAAAGAGGAAGAAGGCCAGGGUGAGGAGACGAGGCCCGAAAGAGAGAGACAGACACCGGCGCAGGAAACCAAAGGCCCGAGCCCCUGCGGACAGCGCCCGGGAGCCCGACUCCUCGGAGGAGUGGGAGGAGAGGAAGUACCUGCUGGCCCAGAGGCGGGUGGAGGCCCUCCGGCUGCUGCGGGUACUCUUGAGGAAAAUUGCUGUAAGGCUCUUGCUCCGUUCGUCUUCACUGUCGGGAUCCACACAGUUUAACCCACAGGGGGUAGAUGAUGCAAGCCCCAGAGUGAACCAGGCUCCAAGGAACAAGCUGGAAAUGCUGAAGCAAGAAGAGUUAAACACCCAGUAUCUUCAAAAUCAGGAGGAAAUGCCAAAAUAUCAGGUUGCCAAGUCAGACAAUAAAGGAAAACAAAAAAUGAAGAAAAGAACUAGGGCUCACUUACGUAAAUCUUCCCACCACCUUGGGAGAAAAAAAAUAAGAUACUCAGCUAGAAAAGAGAGAACUGGAAAGUUAUUAACCGAGGGCUACAGUCACAGUUUGGUCUCUAACCAGAAUUCUUUGCAGAAUGUGAUGAUUCAAGAUCAGUCUCUUGAGGGAGAAGACCAGUGCAGUUCUAACAAAUCCAAUGCUUCUAGAUUAUCUGAGCCAGGCCACGGCAAGAAACAGAAGAUCUAUGAAACAGAUGAAUUUAUUGAUUACCUAUUAAACUACUAUCAAACUCCAGAGUAUGCCCGCAUCUGCCUAGAACCAAGUCAUCUAGCAAUCCCAUGUCAGUGGCAGAGGGCUGUCCAUGCUAAGGGAGACGGAUUUCAGAUCAAUCUGAGAAAACGGAAGCAUCACUCCACCAGUCCGAGCCAAAUGCAAAACCUGGCAGCAAGAGAACGGGUUCAAGAAGAUGAAACCCCAUCCGAGGUUUGUACUCAGGAUCCUGAGCUUAAACCACAAAAGAGAGGAAAAGUGGAUCAUGCCAAAGAAUGUACCGAGGAGUUGAAAAAUCAUUGUAAGGACACAGCCGGCGGCGCUGGUGAUCACCUGUCCCCAGCUGAUGGAAAGAGCCAUCUGUUAGAAAAGAUGCAAGCUCACCAGCUCAGAGAUUCUAACUCUCCAAGUCACAGCCAAGUUUCCUCACCUAGGAGGUCAGCCGACUUAGAUCUGGGGUUGACAGAUUUCUUAGAGGAAAUCAGUAGUGAUUCUGAAUGCUUCAGUGAAACCCUUAGCGUAAACAAAGAGGAGGAAGAGAGGUCUGUGGCCAUAUAUGAUAGCUCCCCAGAAAAAAGAUCUCUUGAUGAUGACGACCUCACCACUAGUGAUCGAGAAAUUAGGGCAAGUCCGCAGGCCUUAUAUUCAAAGUGGAGCCGCCACGGGGAGCACAGCUCCUCCAAACCCAAGCUGGGGAAACCAGGCGAGAGAUCCAAGUGUGAACGGAGAUGUUCGUGGCUUGAGGGCAAAAACCAUUCCAUUAGGGAUGAGAAGAGCACCACCAAAAGGAGGGCAACAGCAGUCCCCAAAUACUUGCUCGGCGGAUCAGGUCCUGGAGGUCUGUUAGACCACAUCACAAGGAAGAGGAGGAGGCUCGGCGACAGCACAUCUGGCCAGCAGGCGAACUACGGGUCUGCUCAUGUGCCCGUAGCAUCAGCAAAAAGUGGUCACGUUUUCUACGUGGGGAAUUUGCCCCAAAGAAGAGAGACCCCAUGGAAGUCAGAAUAUAACCAGGAGGUCAGAAGAUUUAAAAGACACGAGCGUUCUAGAGAUCCCACGCUGAAUUCUGGUAAUUAUUAUAUUAGACAUGACAGUCAGGAGCACCUCAACUAUGGAAGCUAUUUUGGAAAUGGCUACGCUAGUUCUUUGUAUUUUCAGAUGUUCUAAAGGCCUCGUAGAUCAGAAACCCUCAUUCUCAGCAAACACUUAAAACCAAAUACAGCUAAUGUAGUUAGGAACUACAGAGCAAGAGAGCAGCACUUAAAAGCUUGGGCAAGGUCAAAGGCAAAACCUUGUUUCCCUCGCCAAAGUAUAAAGCAUAAAUGACUGCAGGUGUGUUGGGAAACUUUGGAAAUAAGAAAAUUCCAGAUUCCAAGGGUUGGUAAAACCACAUGCCUGUACAGCUUGAUCCAAGGAUAAACUUUCCUACAGUGCAGCGGCAACCUGAGACCAAUGCCAGCCAGAAAGCAAAUGGACAUGGCGUGGAGUCAACAGCCCCCUUGCGGCUCUCUAGCUAUUAGAACACCAUCAUUUAGUGUCAGUUACCUUCAAAGGGGACAACGGCAGCUGAACUAGGAUCUUUUCACACGUGCUUGGAUUUGGUCAGAAAAGCUAGGUGUGGCCACAAAACUUCCCUUUUAUCCAGACAUAACGACAGGUAGCAGAAGACAUGACAGUUAGGACACAUCACAGACUCGUUUGUGACACCGAUGGUUUCAUGACCACCCACCAGGAGGAAAUUAAUUUCAUUCAGUGUGUUCACAGUACUCUAAAGAAUUAUCCUUUGUGAAACAAAACUCUGAACAAUCCACGGAAAGGGCCUCGGAUUGUCUCUUGAGGCUUAAACAGAUAGCGGACCAUUCACAGAGCUGUUUUUAGAAGUAUCUCAUGUCAUUCCAUCCUCGAAAAACAAGAGCACUGAAGCAAAAUAACCAGUGGGAUUUGCAAAAGGCAAGAUGGAAAGAUCCCGGGGUGCCAUGAAUGUCUCUUCGGAAGCUGGGACAUGGCAGUAAUCCAUUUCAGGUUCUGUAAUCCUUUCACUCAGGGUUGGGUGACAUCAGUUUGUAAAAAGCCACUGACUUUUAUCAAACACGAACAAGUGCCUCCUCGAUCCUCUGUAAUGCCAUGGAGUUAGGAGGAGUCAAGGGCAAAGCCCUAGUUUUCUAGCUGGGGAAAAAAUCGGUAUGUGUGUAGGAUUUGUAAUCUCUUAACAGAAGCAAUUUAUCUUUUUACCUACUGAUUUUGGACUUCUUGAAUAUGUUUUUAAAUGGAGAUAUUUUAUAGAUUCGUAAAGACUUACAUCUCAAUGCAGCGCAUGUUCUAUUGAAAGCUUGGCUGAUUCCUUCUGCCUUAUAUAGGAUUUAGGACCCCAGAGGCAGUAGAUGACGUUCUUUUUUUUUUCCCAACAAAGCUUAUACCUGACUCGGCAGUGGAAGACAUCAAUGAGGUUAGAUUGGCUGCGGCAGGAGAAGGAGAUUUCCAUUCACAGAAGUAGUGGAAGGCCAUGUUUUUAUAGGGCGUGGUUCAUUUCAGUCUUAACUUGGCGUUCUGUAGAAAAGUACCAGCUGUUAGGGCCAAGGGUGGGAUGCCGGUCAGUGGGGUUGCCCUGAAUGACGAGGCACGUCCUGUGCUCAGAACCAGCCCCUUGAGCAGCCUGAUAGCUGAAGGGGCCACGCAAUCUUCUAAUUCACCGAAAGUAAGAACCGCACAUUGUUUCAUUGAUCUCUUCUAAAUGCAUUUAAUAGAGGUACACUAGUUCAUGCAGAAGUUCAAAAAAAUGAAUGUAACGUAGCAGGUCAUGCUUACGGUAACCAACGAAUGAUUUGUGGGCUUCCUCAUGUUCAGUUCCACUUCAAGCUAGUGACUCUACCAUCACCACUAGGCUUGGCUUGUCACAUCUGAAAAAAUGGCUCGUGGGGUGAGUGCCUUUUCUCCUCUGAGGACUAGCAAGGACUGUUAAUGUUCAAAGUACUGUUGCCCAGAGUAGCCUUUUAAAGUGCUAAGAGCUUGUGUUUUGUCAGACAACUUUUGGUAACUAGGUAUUUUUUUCUCCUCCGGUGAGACCCUUGCUCCUUAUUUUUUUUUUCAUGUUUCAUGCCACUGAAACAAAGAACAUUAUGAGUUUGUAAUGGAAAGCAGUUGUGCUUGUUUUGAAAACAAAUCUUCAUUUCUUCUGCCAUUCGAUAAUUUUUCUUUGCAGAGCUUUUUGGGCAUGAAAACAAUUUGCUUCGCAGUAACCAGACAUAAAAAAAAAAAUUACGGAAUACAGCAUGUGCAAUUUUUUGGGGGGUAUAAUAGAACCGGUGCUAAGUCACUUCUAUCUAAUAUUUUGUCUGGUUUUGUUUGUUUGCUAAAUACCAUCCUGGGGCCUAGAAGUAAGUAAAAAUACUGGUUUCAUGUUUACGUUCUGUACAACUUUGGAUUUUUAUAUGUCUUGUGGUAAUGCGUUUUAGAUUUGAAUAAACCUUUGUGUGUGUGUGUGUGUGUGUGUGUGUGUGUGUGUGUGUGUAGGCCUUAAAUGAGGAAGAGAACAAUUUAUCCUGUACUUUUCAGUGGAAUGAGUGGCUUAGUAAGGAAUGAAAUAGAACCGAAAAUAUUGUGAUCACUUUCUAUUAAUUAACAUUGUUCUUCUUCAUUGUGCUGUUCUUUAAGUGGUGCAAGAGUAUUUUCUCAUCUUUUUUCUAUGACCUAUUAAGUAAGUAAGGGCCUGAACUUUAAACUCUGUCUUUUUAAAUAGGUGUUUUCUUGUGUUUCCCUUGUAUGUGCUGCUAAUAGCGCUUCAAGAAAACUAAAAACCUGUCGAUGUCUUUUUGUUCAAUUUGUUUGAAUUUCUCAGGUAGAAAGCCACAUAACCUGGUAAUUUUGAAAGUAAGAACCAAAUAAAUGUAUUUUUAUUUGUUGCGAGACUGUCUACAAUGUUUUAAAUAAAUGCUAAUAAUUCCACGGGGUGGGGGGGGAGUUUCUAUUUAUAGUAAGCUGCUUUGCACUCCUGAUGCCAACCCUUUGUCUCAUUUGCAUUGUUAGAGAAAUAGUACAUAUUUAAUUUUCAGAUAUAUUAAAAAUAAAAUGGUCAAGGUGA